AUGAAGUUUUUGUGUUUACCAGGCGCCUACGGAAGUGCAGAUAAAUUCCAAGUUCAACUAGCCCCUAUUGUCAAGGAGCUCACCGAGGACGGUACGGCCAUCUUCCACUUCAUCGAAGGUCCCUGUGUGGCCGAGCCACCAAAAGGCUUCGAGGACUACUUUGGCAACCCGCCGUACUUUCGGUUUAUCGAACCCGAUGAGGUCGGCAAGACCGAUGACGACGAUGUUCUGUCGCGUAUUCGCGACUUCCCGGACUGCGAGACGCCGGAGGACACGAUGCGCGAACUGAUGAAGGAAGGCGUGGCCACGACUCACAAGAGCACCGACAACGCGCUCAAGUUCCUGCUCAAGAUUAUGAAGGAGCGCGGUCCUUUUGAAGGCAUCAUUGGCUACUCGGAGGGCGCGACCGUGGCCGCGACCCUUUUGUUGCACGAGCAGCGGCGCUUCCAAAAAGAGGGCAUUGCGCCCAUGUUCAAGUACGCCAUCUUCUUUGCCGGAUGGCCGCCUGUGGACCCGACGACACACGCCAUGAUUCUUAGCGACGAGACAGACGAAGUCAUUGAGAUCCCCACGUGCCACAUCAUUGGCUCGUUGGAUCCUUACCUCCAUGGCUCCAUGGCCCUUUACAAUGUCUGCGACGCCGAUACGGCGUAUCUCUUUGACCAUGCCAAAGGCCACACGCUACCUCGCGACAAGGACACGGUCAAGGAGCUUGGCGACGUGGUCCGCAAAGCCAUCGAAGACUACGACAUUGGCGAGUAA